CUUUCCGAAAAUAUAUGUCGUUGUCUACCUCGUUUUUGUAAACUAGAGCCAAUUUUCAAGCACAUUUCAGGCUUUUGCGUACACUUUAUUCUUGUUUUUGUAGCCGUGUUUUACAUAAUCUCCGAUGCCGCAAGGGUUUUGGAGACCAUUGUUGUUGCUUUUGUGUACUGGCCAGUUUUCCGCUGUAAUUACAGUGCACAACGAUCUCCCCUUAUACCUCCACUAUGAGGAUAGUUCACCUACUAUUCAUUCUCUUCCACGAUCCCUGAAGCGAAAUCGACGUGAUUCUUCCAAUCUGCCUCAAGAAAAAUCUGAUGCUGAGAAAGAAGGUCCGGACAUGUGGAAUACACAUAUUCCGGACGACGUAGAAGUAGAAAAAGAAAAUAACACCGUGGAUCACCAAUACUAUAUAAUGACUACUUAUGCGAAUCGCUCUGAACAGUUAAAAAAAUACUGGGUCGACAUUGACGAAAUGUUGAAAAAACCCGGCGUUGUUGGAAAUGCUAGUCAUCCUCUACUCUCUGGAACAUACCGCAGAGCAGUUGGCGCUAGGCUAACUUUCAAAUUUCCUUUCUAUGGUCAUUAUAUGUCAAACCUCACCAUCGCCACUGGAGGUUUUCUCUACGUUGGCGAUCAAACCCACAACUGGCUCGCAGCCACGCAGUACAUCGCUCCUUUGAUGGCUAAUUUCCACACAGCGCUGGAUGGCUCAUGUAUUCUCUACGCAGACGAUGGUGAACGUUUUGUUGUUGAAUGGCGAAAAGUUCAGCUCAGAGAGCAGCAUGAAGCUGGGUCAUUCAGUUUCCAAACUACAUUAUUCAAGAACGGAUCCAUUGUGUUUGCUUAUAAACAGGUGCCCAUGAAUGUAUCUCACAUUAGCGAAGAACAACAUCCAGUGAAGUGUGGCAUUAGUGAUGCUUAUCUUUACCAUCAUAUGCUCAUGAACCACGGAAUAAUGAGCCCAAAACGCGUCAUCUACGAGUAUCAUCGCAUCGAGGUCCCUCUCGAUAAGGUUGUUGCCGACACAGUUGUUUAUCUCGAUGCCCAACCUGCGUGUAUCCAGUUUCAAACCUGUGAAGCCUGUUCUAAUGUCACAUUGAAACAUUUCACUUGUUCGUGGUGUCAUGCAAAGAAAUCGCAUGGAGGACCAUUUUGCACUGAUCAAGGAGGGAUUCAUCGUCGCCGCCAACACUGGGCCGAAAAUAAUUGCAAGAAUCAAGGAAAGAAUAUGUAUUGCAAUGCAGAAACUGAUGAGGAUGAGGUGGAAGACGAUAGUUCAACCCCUGCUGCUGAACGGCCCUCUUCACCAGAUGACGUGAUACCGCUCGACAAGGAGCGAAGGGCAGAAAAAGCUAAAGGAAAAGCUGAUGGUGGCGGUUACGCGGCACUUGUUUUCUUCCUUGGCAGUUCGCUAUGUGUGAUAGGAUGGUUGGCCUAUGCUUAUUACAAUCCGCAUACUGCAAGUGGCCAACUGCUGAUCAAGUACCGUCCCUCUCGCUGGAGAGUGCCGAGCAGUCACGUCCGUUAUAGCGCCUCGGUUCAUAUGUAAAUAAUUAGGAAUUUUGUUUAUCCUCGGUGCUAGCACUUGUUGUCCAGUUUACCAUUCUAUGAUCUUCUAGAACAGGAAUAAUCUAAUUCUUUCCUUUUGAGACCCACUAAUUGAAGUACUGAUGAUCUGUUUAUCUCGGUUUUUGACGUUAUUCCGUUUCAUUUCUUUGAAAAUGGCAGCAUAAUAUUUUUUAUAGUAAUUGCUCAUUGUUAACGUAUCAUAUACUCACCAGUCAAUAUAAUCAGUCUACUUUGUUCGUACAUGGAAAUGUGGUGCAUUCAUAUGUUCAAAAGUAACAAAUGUGUCUGUAGAUCUGUUCAUGUUUACAAAUUGUACGCCUAACUUAUUGAACGGGCGAGAUUCUUUACCCUGCUAUGUGUACGGUUCGCUAUAAGUUUUAAUCAAAUACCGCAGUGAAUAAAUGUGAAUGAUUACCUUAAUACAUUGGU